AUGAAAAAAGAGUGUUAUCUACAUAACUUGCGUAUACGAAACUGAUAACGAAUAUACAAAUCACCUUCAAUUCUGAAAAAUUGAAUCGGGUUCAAUUUGAUCAAACAAUCGGAACCUGCAGCCAUUGCCGGCGCCGGCGCUUUUCAGUUGUGAUCUUCUCAGACACUCUUUUUCUCUUCAGGUGAGAAUCAAAAUGGAUAUGGAACAAGAAUCAGAGUGGAAUUCAGCGCAAAAUAUCACGAUAAGUGAAGAUCUUGUGUCUGCUGCUAAGCGUCACCUCCAAUUUCUUGCUGCUGUAGACAGCAACCGCUGGCUUUAUGAAGGCCAAACCUUGAAACGGGCCAUCUACAGGUAUAACGCUUGCUGGCUUCCUUUGCUUGCUAAACAUUCCAAGUCUCAUGUCACAAUAGGACCUUUGGUUGUUCCUCUUGAUUGUGAAUGGGUUUGGCAUUGUCACAGGCUCAAUCCUCUCAGGUACAAAUCCGAUUGUGAAGAAUUUUAUGGAAAGAUUCUUGACAACCAUCAUGUUGCAUCCUCUGUUGAAGGAAUAUCAAGCAAGGAAACAGAAGAAAUAUGGAACAAACUGUAUCCCAAUGAGCCCUAUGAAAUCAACUUGUCACUUCCAAACACAGAACAUUCAGAAAAGCUCUACCACAGAGAUGAAAAACAUACAAAAUACAAUCUUGUUUUAGCUAUUGAGAGACAAGUCCCUUUCUUUUACCAGGUAUCCAGACCCUAUAUGAACAACAAUCACUUUCUUGAAGCAGCAUUAGCCAGAUACAAAGGCUUCUUGCAUCUAAUCAGGAGAAACAAAGAGAGAUCCAUAAGAUGUUUUUGUGUCCCCACUUAUGAUAUUGACCUAAUCUGGCAUACACACCAGUUACACCCUGCUUCUUACAGUAAAGACUUGGUGAAAUCACUUGGAAAGAUUCUUGAACAUGAUGACACAGAUCAAAAAAGAGGCAAAGGUCAGAAACUAGAUGUUGGAUUUUCUCAAACUAUAAAUCAAUGGGAGGAGAUGUUUGGCUCAAGGUAUUGGAGAGCAGGAGCAAUGUAUAGAGGUACUCCACCUUCUCCUCUCUCUACCACUCAAGUUAUAACCAAAAAGGUUGAUGGGUUUCAGAAAUCAAUCGAUCUUCCUGAAGAAAAUGUCAUUGAGGUUGUAUUGGAGAUUGUAGAAAUCAAAAACUUACCAGAGACCCAAAAGAAAAAAGUUAGGGUUUUUUUCAGUAAGGCAAAACCUGAUGGAAUCUUUGAUGUUAAAAGGAAAGUUAAUAUUCAGUCUGAAUCUGGGAAGAAACAGGUUGCUACAUUCCACUGUGAGGCUAGUGGAUCUAUUCUCUUUGAACUUGUUUCUGAAUUAGAUCCAUCCAAAUCAGGUGAAAGUGAAACUUUGGGUUGCUGUUUUAUGUCUUUGGAAGACUUUUUUACCCCUGUGUUUAAUCUGUGUGUGGAAAAAUGGUUGGAUUUGGUUCCAAAUUCUGGAAUUGUUGGUUCAGAGCCUAUUCGUGUAAGAGUUGCAGCCUCAUGCACUCCUCCUUUCUCAAAAAGCUCAACCUUUUCCACACUUUCCGGUAAUGGACAGUUUGCUGUGAGCGGUGGUUGUGGUGGUGGAUGUGGAGGUGGUUGUGGGAAUAUGGUGAAGGGUGGUGGAUGUGGUAGUGGUUGUGGUGGGGGAUGCGGAGGUGGUUGUGGGAAUAUGGUCAACAGUGGUGGAUGUGGUGGCGGAUGUGGAGGUGGUUGUGGUGGCGGAUGUGGAGGCGGAUGUGGGAAUAUGGUUGAGGGUGGUGGUUGUGGCGGAGGAUGUGGAGGUGGUUGUGGGAAUAUGGUGAAGAGUGGUGGCUGUGGUGGAGGAUGUGGAGGUGGUUGUGGGAAUAUGGUUGAGGGUGGCGGUGGUUGUGGAGGUGGCUGUGGGAGUAUGGUUAAAAGUGGUGGCUUAGAGGUAGCAGUUAAUGCAUAAGGGAUAAAAUAAGUGAUCCUUGUAUCUCGGGAAGUUUCUAAGUAAUUGAUGUGCUGCAUAAGUAUAAAUAAGUGUGCAAAUGGUGUCUAUGAAUGCCAAUGGUGUGUUGUAUUAUGCAUUAUGUUAUAAGUUAUGUAAUGAUGUAACCAUGGAUCUCUAACACAAAUCCUGGUUCAUAUAUGUAUAUGUAAACUGUGUUUGGACAUGGCCUAAUUUAAAGUUGGGUUAAAUGCAAGAAA